UUGGAGGAAGGACGGAGAACUCAGGCCGAGGGCUUCACAGUGGAGGCUGGUGCGCCGCCCGGCGCUCUCCCUCCAUACUCAGUGCUCAGUAAUGGCCCGGGGGCGGGGCGCAGCCCUCCCCCGUUUUCAGAGGUAGCAGAGAUCCUCACCCAGGAGGUGUCAGCCCAGGCCCAGCCUCCCCAGAGACAGCACCCCGGAGCCACAUCUCUCUCCUCACUCUGCUUGGACCCUGCACAGGAACCCUGGGAGCCUGGCUGUGUGGGUUGGGGUAUGGCUGAGAUGACCCUGCAGGGACAUAGGACAGAGAGGUCCAGUGUCCCCAGAGACCAUUCCUCCUCUGCUGCCUCCAGCUGAUAAACCUCUUAUCUGGCACGAGCAGGGGAGCCCAGAGCCAGGAUAGGAGGAGAAGGCAGGGCUGCUAUCAGCCACCAGGCCUGGGCCAUAUCUCGGAGAAGGGGAGGGGCUGUCUGCUUGGCUCUUCCCACAACACACUCCUUGGGGAUCCCCAAGCACUUACUCUCAUCUUGAGAACAUGAGACAGAGGAGGAAAACUGAGGACAGAGGAGGAAAGCCAGAGUGAUCCCUGAUGUUGCCCCAGAACAAGGGAAAAAAACCAAACCAAAACAAACCAGAAGAUGUGACUUCUGCCCUGCCCAGCGAUACGGUUUUGGGGGAGUAAGAAGUAGGAGGAAGAGAAGGAGGCGUCUUGUCUGAAAAAGAAGGUGAAGCCCUACUGUGCUCCCAAAGGAACCGACUACAGCCACAGCAGGUUGCAGGGGCCUUUUGGGCUUUGGGGACCCUGGACCAGGCCCUGGCCCAGUAGGAUGCCCCCGUGUCCUCCCCAGCAGAGCAGGAACAGGGUGACACAGUUGCCCACUCUGGAGCUGGGCGAGAUGGAACUGACCUGGCAAGAGAUCAUGUCCAUCACUGAGCUGCAGGGACUAAAUGCUCCAAGUGAGACGUCGUUUGAGCCCCCUGCCCAGGCCCCAUACCCUGGACCCCCACCGCCUCCAACUUACUGCCCCUGCUCAAUCCACCCAGAUGCUGGCUUCUCCCUUCCUCCACCACCCUAUGAGCUCCCAGCACCCACAUCUCAUGUCCCAGACCCCUCAUACUCCUAUGGCAACAUGGCCAUACCAGUCUCCAAGCCACUGACUCUCUCCGGUCUGCUCAGUGAGCCCCUCUCAGAUCCUUUGGCUCUCCUGGACAUUGGGCUGCCAGGGGGGCCCCCCAAGCCUCAAGAAGACCCAGAAUCUGACUCAGGAUUAUCACUCAACUAUAGCGAUGCUGAAUCUCUUGAGCUGGAGGGGACAGAGGCUGGCCGACGGCGCGGCGAGUAUGUAGAGAUGUACCCGGUGGAGUACCCCUACUCACUUAUGCCCAAUUCCUUAGCCCACCCCAACUAUGCCUUGCCACCUGCAGAGACCCCCUUAGCCUUAGAACCCUCCUCAGGCCCUGUGCGGGCCAAGUCCACUGCACGGGGGGAGGCGGGGAGUCGGGAUGAGCGACGGGCCCUGGCCAUGAAGAUUCCCUUCCCGACGGACAAGAUUGUCAACUUGCCGGUAGAUGACUUUAAUGAGCUGUUGGCGAGGUACCCACUGACGGAGAGCCAGCUGGCAUUGGUCCGGGACAUCCGACGGCGGGGUAAGAACAAGGUGGCCGCCCAGAACUGUCGCAAGAGAAAGUUGGAGACCAUCGUGCAGUUGGAGCGGGAACUGGAGAGGCUGGGCAGCGAGCGGGAGCGGCUCCUCCGGGCCAGAGGGGAGGCCGACCGGACCCUGGAGGUCAUGCGCCAACAGCUGACAGAGCUGUACUGUGACAUUUUCCAACACCUGCGGGAUGAAGCCGGCAACAGCUACUCCCCUGAAGAGUAUGCUUUGCAACAGGCCGCUGAUGGGGCCAUCUUCCUGGUGCCCCGGGGGACCAAGAUGGAGGCCACAGACUGAGCUGGCCGAAGGGGUGGGACUGUGAUGGAGAUUUCCUUUAGUCCCUUCCGAUCAAGGUACUCCCCAACCCUGAGGCCCAGAAGGAACUGGGUUCUCUAGACCAGAAGGGGACAGUGGGAAACCUGGUGUUUGGAGGGUCCACAGCGUGUUCAGGAAGGCUUGCCUUGAGACAAGCACGUGAGGGGAGGGUUGGAAACUCUUUGCCGUGAUUCAGCUUCCCGGGGCUCCAACCUCCUCCUCUUGUUUGAGCUUUGAUAUAUAAAGCGCUCUACACUAA